AUGAAAUUUCUUAUGCCUCUCCUGAUUUUUGCAGUGCAAAUUUCUGCAAAAACUGUGUCGAAUGGUUUGGACGGGUAUCUUGAUGUAAGCGUUGCUUGUCUAAAGUUUGUGAAAUUUGUUGAAAAUCUUGAUUUUUUAUAUGACAACUGAAUGAUUUUACAGUUCUUGAUAAUUGAUUACUCCUUAUUUUUAGCAUGACCUAAGUGAGAUGGUAAGACUCACGCAUAAAUUGCACAAAAUCUACAAGGAAGGCGGAUACAAUGUGAACCCAAUUGAGCUGGGAAUCGGUGUCAAUUACUUUAUAUUCAGAGUGGGUUUACCUCACAACUUGCCAUAGUCACCAUUUCCAUAAAAUCUCAAAUUCUUAGCCAUUAUUUUCAGACUGGCCAGUUGGCCCAAAAUCAUGGGAUUCGAUUGCAUUCUGCGCAACAACUUUCCCACACACUUUUGUUGGGGAUACCCGACGAUGACUUAUUUGGAGAUGCUUUGGUUAAAUUUAUUGAACAACUGAAAGAAUUGAGGACUGCGAUUAUUGAAGAGCUUAGUGACAACUACGUUUCGUACAUUGAUGAAAUAAUUGAGAUGCUCGAGACCAUGAGAGAGGUGGGGGAAUUUGCCAAUGAAAGAAGAAUUAUGAGAGGUGCGGCGCUCAGAUUUUGACGUAAUUUUGGAGGAAUAUCUUGUGUAUAUAGUACCUGAUAUCCCAUUCUGAAAAUUACUUUUAAAAUAUCCUAUGGAAUGAAAAAGCCGAUUUAUCGAGGUCUGAGCGUCGCAUCUUUGUAAGCCUUUGUAAGCUCCACACAAAAUUUAUUCGUUGUUUUAUUUUUCAGCGCAAGCAAAUUCUCAAAGUUUUUACAGCGAUUGCGCAGCAGAGGAAUCUCAACGAAACCGGUGAACGGCUCCUCUCACUUUUCUUCCGCUCUCUACAUGAAGCAUUUGCGGCUGGAGAAAGGAGCAAAAAAUUGAAUCCUGUAGAAACCGCUAAAGAGAUCAGAGAAAGGCUUCUGAAAUUGGAUCCAGAGAAGCCUCUUGGACCUGAUUAUGAUGACUAUUUGGCCAAUCUAAAGGAAUUAUUUGAUGAGCUCUUGGACAACAAUGCAAAAAGGAAGUCGAUAAGGACGUUGGACAAAUUGUUGAAGCUUCUGAAACCCGUUUGUUCGGAAUGUAAAAAGGAGGAUGACUCAUAA